UACACUGUUGACAGCUUCCAGGGGUCGGAGAGCGACGUCGUCUUGUGCUCCUGCGUGCGAUCCAACGGCGGAGGAGGAUGCGGCUUCCUGGCAGACAGGAGGAGGCUCAACGUUGCCCUCACCCGUGCCAAGAAACUGCUUAUCGUCGUCGGGUCUGCGUCGACGCUGAAAAGAUCU